UCUGUCUCACAUACAGGAAGAAGUUCAAUAAGUCCUCAACUAACUGCGUUUUCUGAAAUAACUCGUCAUCACUUUUUGGCACUUUCGCUGUUGCCUAGACUCUGAAAUGUGUAGAGCUGAAAGAAUGAGUUGUAGGACUUCUGCUGAAGUGGAUCCGCUGUGUUAACUCGUGGAUUUGCUGCUGCACUCUUCACAGAGACGCGUUUAGACGAUCUUAAAUGGGAAAGCAGGACUAACCCACAAACUGAGUGAAAAUGUCCGAGCACAGAUCCAGUUUUCUUCACAUUGGAGACAUUGUGUCUCUGUACGCGGAAGGCUCGGUGAAUGGCUUCAUCAGUACUUUGGGGCUCGUGGAUGACCGGUGUGUGGUCCAGCCCGAUGCAGGAGACCUGGCAAACCCUCCUAAAAAGUUCAGAGACUGCCUCUUCAAGGUGUGUCCCAUGAACAGAUACUCGGCCCAGAAACAGUUCUGGAAGGCAAAACAAGGAAAACAGGGAAAUAACAACACGCAGGGAGACCUGUUUAAAAAGUUACAGCAUGCAGCAGAACUGGAGCAGAAGCAGAACGAGUCGGAGAACAAGAAGCUUCUUGGAGAAGUUGUCAAAUACAGUAAUGUCAUCCAGCUCCUGCACAUAAAGAGUAAUAAAUAUCUGACGGUCAACAAGCGUCUCCCUGCUCUGCUGGAGAAGAACGCCAUGCGGGUUUCCUUGGACCCGGCCGGGAACGAGGGGUCCUGGUUCUACAUCCAGCCCUUCUGGAAGCUCCGCAGCGAAGGAGAUAAUGUGGUGGUCGGAGACAAGGUGGUGCUGAUGCCAGUGAACGCGGGGCAGCCUCUUCAUGCCAGUAACAUCGAGCUGCUGGACAACCUCGGCUGCAAAGAGGUUAAUGCCGUUAACUGUAACACCAGCUGGAAGGUCGCCUUGUUCAUGAAGUUUAGUGACUACAGGGAGGAUGUACUAAAGGGGGGAGACGUGGUGAGGCUGUUUCACGCCGAGCAGGAGAAGUUUCUGACUGGUGACGAGUACAAGAAGCAGCAGCACGUCUUCCUCAGGACCACGCUGCGGCAGUCUGCCACCUCCGCCACCAGCUCCAAGGCCCUCUGGGAGAUCGAGGUUGUGCACUAUGACCCCUGUAGAAGCGGAGCCGGCCAGUGGAACAGCCUUUUCCGCUUCAAACACCUGGCAACAGGAAAUUACCUCGCAGCUGAGGUGAACCCUGAAUUCAAAGACAACCAUGUGGAGCCCAAAGGAGAGAACGAGGCAGAUAUUGUGUUCUCCAAGAAGAAGCAUCAGGCAGCAGAGAAGAUUGCUUUUACUCUGGUUUCUGUUCCCCAUGGGAAUGAUAUCGCGUCUCUCUUUGAGCUGGAUGCCACCACUCUGCAGCGGGCCGACUGUCUGGUGCCCAGAAACUCCUACGUUAGACUGAGGCACCUGUGCACCAACACCUGGGUGACGAGCACCAACGUCCCCAUUGAUGCAGAGGAGGAGCGUCCAGUCAUGCUCAAGAUCGGCACCUGUCCCACUAAAGAGGAUAAAGAGGCGUUUGCCAUCGUUUCUGUUCCUCUGUCGGAGGUCCGAGACUUAGACUUUGCUAACGAUGCCAGCAAGGUCCUGGAGUCGACCGUGAGGAAGCUGCAGUACGGCAACAUCGCUCAGAAUGAGAGGAGGUUUGUGACUAAGCUCCUGGAGGACCUGGUCUUCUUUGUUUGUGUGGUACCAAACAACGGGCAGGAUGUGCUGUCUGUGGUCACCUCAACACCAAACAGAGAGAGGCAGAAACUCAUGAGGGAGCAGAACAUCCUCGCCCAGAUCUUUGGCAUCUUGAAGGCUCCGUUCAACGAAGAGGGUGACGGUCCAAUGCUGAAGUUGGAAGAUUUGGGAGACCAGCGCUAUGCUCACUUCAAGUACAUGUUGAGUCUCUGCUACAGGGUGCUACGCCACUCCCAGCAAGACUACCGCAAGAACCAGGAAUAUAUAGCCAAAAAGUUCUCAAUCAUGCAGUCUCAGAUUGGAUAUGAGAUUCUGGCUGAGGACACAAUCACUGCGCUGCUGCACAACAACCGCAAGCUGCUGGAGAAACACAUCACAGCCAAAGAGAUUGAGACCUUUGUCAACUUGCUGAGGCGCAACAGAGAGCCCAGAUUCUUGGACUACCUCUCUGAUCUCUGCGUGUCCAACAAGACUGCCAUCCCUGUCACACAGGAGCUUAUCUGUAAAUUUAUGCUGAACCCCACCAACGCAGAUAUCCUCAUCCAGACUAAGCUAAUCCCUAACACUGAGACCACCCUGGAGUCUUCUCUGCUGCAGGAGGAGGUGGAGGAGGAGGAGGUUUGGCUCUACUGGAUCGAUAGCCACAAGGAACCUCACGGCAAAUCAAUCCGACACCUGGCUCAGGACGCUAAAGGCAACCACAAGAUGGAUAUAGAAACCAUCACCUACUACAGAUACCAGCUCAACCUGUUUGCUAAAAUGUGUCUGGACCGUCAGUACCUCGCCAUCAACCAGAUCUCCUGUCAGCUUCCCGUGGAUCUGAUCCUGCGCUGCAUGUUCGACGACUGCCUGCCCUACAACCUGAGAGCGUCCUUCUGCCGCCUCAUGCUGCAUAUGCAUGUGGACCGGGAUCCUCAGGAGCCCGUGGUGCCGGUUCGCUACGCUCGCCUCUGGACCGAGAUCCCCUCCAAGAUCACGAUCCACGAGUUUGAGUACGAGACCACUGACACUUCAAGAGAUGAGAUGAAGAGUAAGUUCGCUCACACGAUGGAGUUUGUGGAGGAAUACCUCAAAGAUGUGGUCAGCCAGCGGUGUCCAUUUGGGGAUAAAGACAAGAAUGAGCUCACACUAGAGGUGGUGAAUCUGGCUCGUAACUUGGUGUACUUUGGUUUCUACAGUUUUAGUGAGCUGCUGCGCCUCACACGCACCCUGCUGGCCAUUCUGGAUAUUGUCCAGCACCCGCUCACCUUUGUGAACAAGCUCAACAAGAGCCCCGAGGCUGGCAACAAUGUCCUCCGUACAAUCCACGGCGUCGGGGAGUUGAUGACUCAGAUGGUGAUGAGUCGCGGGGUCCCUCACAGCCUCCCCGACACCCCUGCCUCCCUUCGCUAUGCUAAAGGACACUUCCUGCCGGACAACGAGGACGUCAUGGUGAUGGACACCAAGCUGAAGAUCAUCGAGAUCCUGCAGUUCAUCCUGAGCGUGAGGCUGGAUUAUAGGAUCACAUACUUGUUGUCCAUCUACAAGAAAGAGUUUGGGGAGAAGAGCAUAACUGAAACCUCUGGCUCUGUGGCUGACUUGCUCCCAUUCAUUCCUCCUGAACCCGACAUAGAUGAGAUCGCAACCAAAGCAGAGAGCAUGUUUGCAGGAAGCUCAGAGCUGAGUGCGGUGGAGCUGGACGACGAGGGUGGCAGGACGUUUUUGAGGGUUCUGAUCCAUCUCAUCAUGCAAGAUUACCCCCCGCUGGUGUCUGGCUCACUGCAGCUGAUCUUCAAGCACUUCAGCCAGCGAGCCGAGGUGCUGCAGGCCUUCAAGCAGGUCCAGCUGCUUGUGUCCGAGCAGGAUGUAGAGAACUACAAGCAGAUCAAAACGGACCUGGACCAGCUGCGUCUGACCGUGGAGAAGUCCGAGCUGUGGGUGGAGAAGAGUGGAGUCUACAACGGUGAAGAACUCGGGGUCAGACAGGACAAGGAGCAGAACAUCGAGGAGGUUGUCCUGAGCCCUGCGCAGGACGGAGAUAACAAACCUCAAAUUGAUUGCAACAAAGCGAACAACUACAACAUCGUCAAAGAGAUCCUGCUGAGACUCAGUAAGCUGUGUUACCCGAGUAAGAAGAGUCGUGUGCAGCAGCAGAGGCUCCUGAAGAACAUGGGGGCCCACACCGUGGUGCUGGACCUUCUGCAGAUCCCCUUCGAGCAGAGUGAUGAGAAGAUGAACGAGAUCAUGACCCUGGCUCACACAUUUCUGCAGAAUUUCUGCAGAGGAAACCCUCAGAAUCAAGUUCUUCUGCAUAAAAACCUCAACCUCUUCCUCACUCCAGGGCUGCUGGAAGCGGAGACGAUGCGUCACAUCUUCAUGAAUAACUUCCUGCUCUGCAAUGAGAUCAGCGAACGCGUGGUCCAUCAUUUUGUCCACUGCAUUGAAACACACGGACGGCACGUUCAGUACCUCAGGUUCCUGCAGACCAUUGUGAAGGCCGACGGGAAGUAUGUGAAAAAAUGUCAGGACAAAGUCAUGACAGAGCUGGUUAAUGGAGGCGAGGACGUGCUGGUGUUCUACAAUGACCGCUCCUCGUUCUCGGUGCUGCUGCAGAUGAUGGGCUCUGAGCGGGAGCGGACUGAUGAGGACGGCGCUCUGGCCUACCACAACACGCUGGUGGAGCUGCUGGCCGCCUGCACCGAGGGCAAGAACGUCUACACCGAGCUGAAAUGCAACUCUCUGCUGCCCCUCGACGAUAUUGUCAAAGUUGUCACCGACGUUCACUGUAUACCAGAGGUGAAAACUGCCUAUGUGAACUUUGUGAAUCAUUGCUACGUGGACACAGAGGUGGAAAUGAAGGAGAUCUACACCUCCAACCACAUCUGGAAGCUCUUUGACAACUUCCUGGUGGACAUGUCCAGUGUGUGCAACACGACCACAGACCGUAACCACGCCGAUCUGGCCUUGGAGAAGUAUGUGACAGAGACGGUGAUGGCCAUUGUCAAAGGUUUCUUCAGCUCACCUUUCUCUGUCAACCACUCCAAUCUGCAGACAAACCAGUCGGUCUUCAUCAAGCUGCUCCAGUCUUCUUUUAGGAUCUACAACUGCAACUGGAUCAGCUCAGCUCAGAAGGUUAAUAUCGAGAGCUGUAUCAAGACACUGGCUGACGUCGCUAAGGCGCGGGCCAUCGCCAUCCCUGUGGAUCUGGACAGUCAGGUCAACACUCUGUCUCUGAAGGUCCACAGCCACAUGGUGCAGCGAGCGGCCAAGGACUGGAGGAUCUCUGCACGCACACGACCACGCAAGGAGCCCCUGGGCGGCCCCGACUACAAGAACAUUAUUGAGAAGCUGCAGGGGGUCGUGUCCCUCCUGGAGGAGCAGUUCAGUCCAAAGGUUCAGGCGGAGUUUUCUGUGCUGGUCGAUGUUCUGCACAGCCCCGAGCUGCUGUUUCCAGAGGCCGCUCGCUUACCGUGUGAGAGCGGAGCUUUCAUGUCUAAACUGAUUAAACACACCAAGAAGCUGAUGGAAAAAGAGGAGAAGCUGUGUAUUAAGAUCCUCCAGACGCUGCGAGAGAUGCUGGACAAGAAGGAAUGCAUUCAGGAGUCU